CCAUCCCCAAGCCCUCCCCUCGCCCUCGCCCUCGCCAUGCCCGCCUCCGACGACGACCUGGCCCCGCCGCCGCCCAUCCACCACCUCCCGCCCGACGCGCUCAACAACGUCCUCCUCCGCCUCCCUCUCCGUGACGCCGUCGUCUGCCGCCCCGUCUCGCGCCUCUUCCGCGACACCCUCAACGACCCCUUCCUCGCCCUCCUACCCUCGCUCCGCCUCCUCCUGCUCCGCCACCCGCGACCCGACGGUGGGGGCUGCCUCCACGCCUUCGACCCCCACCGCCGCUGCUGGCUCCGCCUACCCUUCACAUCCUUCCUCCCCCACCACUCCUUCUCCCCCGUCGCCUCAUCCGGCUCACUCCUCUACCUCUGGAUCGACAACUCCAACUCCACCUCCACCUCCACCCCCGCUCUACCCUCCCCCUCCCCCUCCACCACCUCCGCCCCCACCUCCUCCUCCGCGCACCCGCCCAAGGCGCUCGCCGUCUGCAACCCCUUCGCAGGCACCUACCGCCUCCUGCCCACGCUCGGAUCCGCCUGGGCGCGCCACGGCACCGUCCUCGCCGGACCAGGCGGCGUUGUCCUCGUCCUCACCGAGCUCGCCGCGCUCUCCUACACCCCGUCUUCGGGAUCUGCCAAAUGGAUGAAGCACCCGCUCUCGCUGCCCUCCAAACCGCGGAGCCCCAUCCUGGCCGCGGGCGCGCGCGCCGUCUUCGCGCUCUGCGACGUCGGCACCCCCUGGCGCAGCCAGUGGAAGCUCUACUCCUGCCCGCUCGCCGCGCUCACCGGCGGCUGGGCGCCCGUCGAGCGCGCCGCCUGGGGCGACGUCUUCGAGAUCCUCAAGCGCCCCCGCCUGCUCGCCGGCGCGGGCGGCCGCCGCGUCCUAAUGAUCGGCGGCCUCAGGUCAUCCUUCGCCAUAGACGCACCCUGCUCCACCGUGCUAAUCCUCCGCCUAGAUCUCGCCACCAUGGAGUGGGACGAGGCGGGCCGCAUGCCACCCAAUAUGUAUCGCUGCUUCACUGGCCUCUGCGAGGCUGCUGCUGCGCAGGGAAGCGCCAUGCCCGCACCCGCUGCCGGCGGCAACAACAAGGUCAAGGUGUUUGGCGGUGAUGGCAAGGUAUGGUUUGCUGGGAAGCGCGUUCGCGGCAAGCUGGCUAUGUGGGAGGAGGACGACGUAGGGACCAGCGGCGGCAAAUGGGACUGGGUCGACGGCGUUCCUGGAUAUGGCGACGGCGUCUACCGCGGCUUUGUCUUUGAUGGAGGAUUCACAGCCAUGCCUUGAAAAGACGGAUCCCACACAGACAGACUGGCCGGUGCGUUAUUAAAUCAAUAUACGCUCAACUUAUCAUUUCUCAUUCAUCUCCGACGUCUGCCUGCCUGUUGCAUCAAGAGGAAUCGCCAAACAUUUUACUUUCAUUCAAACUGCUUCUUUUAGCUUGAUCAAAUACUUCCAAUUGUUCUUGUUGUUGUUGUACUUUAUGAAUGUGGAAUGUUGUUUCAGACAUUAAAAUCCUGUAGACCCUUUGUAUGUCUAGAUGAUGCAUUCAUAGGAAUCAAACGUUUGUUGAUUUUACCUGCUUAUAUAUUAGCCUGCUUGUUUGUUUA